GCCAAGCCGAGCUUCAAUGUCCUCUCUGGAAGCUCGUAGGAUUUUCCAAACCACGUCGCCUCUUCACCCCGACGACCCCAUCUCGCAGACAUUGCUUCCUGGUCGCGAGACAACCCACCAUGGCCAACCUUCUCAAGGACCUCCUCGGGGGAGGCAGCAAGUCUUCAGCUUCGCCAAUCCCCUCGGCUGACUCAGACUUCGCCGACUUUGCUGAGGCUGCAGACCCCUCGCCCGCCUUCACCACGCCGCUGGGCGGUGCGAGCCUGGCAGGGGGCGCCGCUGCUGCUGCCCCGACCACCCCUCCCUACACGAAAUGGUACCGCCUCGAUGAGCGCUACACCCUGGCCGACUUCCGCGCCGAGGGCAUCAUCCUCGCCUGCAUCGUCUUCAUCUUCACCCUGCAUGUCGUCGGCUCGCGCUUGAACCGCAGCAAGGCCAGGAAGUGGAUGAAGGCGCACUCCAAGACCCUGGCCUCCGAGUUCGCCCUUGUCGGCUUCGGCCACGCCCCGACCAGCGGCGGCGAUGGCGAGACCGACCUCCUCCUUGCCGACCUUGCCGAGCCUGAGAAGGCCCUCAAGGAGAAGUCGCUGUUCGAGUUCGCCACGUACGCCACGGGCCGCCAGAACAUCGCCUUUAUGGACGCGAAGCUCAGCCUCGUCCGCCGGUUCAACCCGCUCAUGACGGUCGCCGAGUGGGGCCUGGGCCUCUUCCUCGACAGCUUCCCGGCCCCCCAGGAUACCGUGGAGGCGGCCAUCUACCCAUUCGACGGCAAGGAGGCCCUGACAGUGCCAGGUGUCCCCGGCGCCGCCGAGCUGAGGACCCAGAACACCAAGAGCACCUAUGACGGGUUCGUCUGGGCUGUGGUCAACAAGGAGCGCAUGAAGCAGGUCCGGGAUGAGCGCUUCGAUGUCUCCCUGACCUUCACCAAGGACAACGCCAAGCUGCCCAUCUGGUCGACUGUGAUGAGCGAGAGCGCCGAGAUCACAAAGGUCCUGCUUACCAACGAGCUUGCCAAGGCCGUCGAGUCAGCUGGUGACCUUUUCGAGUACCUCAUUGUGUCCGACCAGCCUGUCGAUAAGCCCAAGACCCUCGACGAGACCCAGCCCCGCAAGCGCAUCUUCCUCAAGUACCGCCUGCCCUCGGACAACAACUACGAGCCCCUGCUGCCCAUCUUCCAGUACUUUGUGCGCAUCACGGACCAGCUCGUCAAGGAGGCGCACUUCCGGCCCGAGGUGCUCAAGAAGGUCAAGAGCGUGCGCGAGGACGUGGCCCGGCAGAUCCAGAAGGCGGACCUGGAGGAGAAGAGCGAGGAGCGCAACUUUGAGCGCGAGAAGGCCAGGAAGGCCAAGCGCGACCAGGAGCUGUCGCAGCUCGACGCCAAGGGCCAGAAGAAGUACCUCGAGAGGGAGCGCGAGAAGGAGCUGCGGAAGCAGCAGAAGAAGAUGACGUCGCGGGGCUAGGUCGCCCAUGUGGACGGGCACCGACCGCUGUACGAUUUGUGGGUGGCACGGGUCAGAAGUCUCCUGGCCUGUGGGUUGUGGACUUGCCCCCAAAAGUUGAGAACGGAUAUUCGCACAGGAAAAAACGGCUGGUACACAGGUACAAAUGCCCCCCUAGGCUGCAGCCAAUCAGAGGGCUUCGUUCCACCCCCCCGACUAUACGCACCACCUACAUGUGCUUUUUACACCACCCACGCAACCUACCAAUUCUCCUUCACCCACCCACUCCCUCCCCGUACGAGGGCUCGUAGUACCGCAGGUUGACCUCACUAUAAAGGACCUCAUUGGCGACGAGAAGGAGACCCAGGAGGAGAUUCAGGUGCUUAGGGACUCGCCAGAGCGCCCUGGGCGACGAGGAGGAAAGAAGUAGCAAACCACCAGACCAGAAGCGACAAUAGGAGGAUUACAGAUUAGAAAUCGAGGGCUGAUAAGGAUAUGCGUAGUUAAUGAGUGUAAAUUUGUGUUUUGUAUGGUGAGUGGGUGGUGUAAAUUAAGGUCGGCGCACCGGGGGGCAUUUGUAC